AUGAAUAAUAUAAAACAAUUAAUUGAAGCUAUUUAAAAAGUGGAACAGGAGUUUCAUAAAUUAAAUAUCAAUCCUGAGGAUCGAAUACCCAUCAUUAGCAAAAUGCUAUUUAAUUAAAAUUUGCAGACUUUGGAUAAUCUUGAUUAAGUAUUGAUCGCAUAAUUUUAGCAAAGUGGUCUAAGUGAACUUAAUCAAUAUAUUGAUUACUUGCUUUAUAGAUUGGAUUCGUAAUGCGAUUUUGAGCUAAAUUUAAAUUAUUAAACAAAUGAUAAAAUAUUAGAGGAAAUCUCGUCAUAUCAGUAAUAAUUUAAGGAACAAGCGACAUAAGAUGAGAAUGAGGUUAAGAAAGUAUCAAGGCCGAGAAUCUCAGCUCAGAGAUGA